CUCAGUUAAAACUUAUUGCAACUUGUGCUCUAGUGCUCAUAGUGCUCACUCGUGCUACAAAACCAGACACACUGCUUUAUUUCCACUCCCCACAACUCAGGCUCUAAUUAGUCAGUCAAAAAUUAAAAGUACUGUUUUCAUUCUCCCAGUUAUUGGCAGUGAAUGACUAAGCCAAUCGGUCUCAGGUUUUCUAAGUUUUAGACUCUCUUUCCUGGUUUCUUUUGUUUAGUUUUCCUUCUUUUCUUUGUUUUUUCACUCCCUGAUAAAAAUGUUCAGAAUGAAGCAUUCUCCUAUUUCACCACUAGCAUUCUCUUCAUUUUUCCUUACUUUAUUUCUUCUGGUCCAAGCCAGGCAUCAUUCUCAUACAAAACACAAGCACUCACAUUCUCAUAAAUCUUCUAAACAUUCAAAUCCUGCACCUCCUACCCCUCCUCCUAAUGAGAACAAUAGCAAUUCUUCUGUGGUUUUGGAUGUACGAACAUUUGGAGCAAUAGGAGAUGGAAAAACAGAUGAUACAGAGUCAUUUAAGAUGGCAUGGGACACUGCUUGCCAGAGUGAAUCAGCAGUUAAUGCUAUUCUUGUACCUCAAGGUUUCUCUUUCCUCAUUCAGUCCACUAUCUUCACUGGUCCUUGUCAAAGUUUCAUGGUGUUGAAGGUUGAUGGAACUCUUAUGCCACCUGAUGGACCCGAAUAUUGGCCAAAGAACAACAGUAGGCACCAAUGGUUGGUGUUUUAUAGAAUCAAUGGAAUGUCACUGGAAGGAAGUGGUUUAAUAGAUGGGAGAGGAGAAAAAUGGUGGGACCUCCCAUGUAAGCCUCACAAGGGACCUAAUGGGACAACACUCCCUGGACCCUGUGAUAGCCCAAUUGCCAUAAGGUUUUUUAUGAGUUCCAACUUGACUGUGCAUGGACUAAGGAUAAAGAACAGCCCCCAGUUCCAUUUCAGAUUUGAUGGCUGCAAAAACGUCCACAUAGAAUCAAUCUACAUAACAGCUCCAAAACUUAGCCCCAAUACUGAUGGAAUUCACAUAGAAAAUACAAAUGAAGUGAAAAUAUACAAUUCUGUUAUUUCUAAUGGUGAUGAUUGUGUUUCCAUUGGAUCCGGUUGCAAUGAUGUCGAUAUUAAGAACAUUACAUGUGGACCUGGUCAUGGAAUUAGCAUUGGUAGUCUGGGGAAUCACAACUCUCGAGCCUGUGUUUCAAACAUUGUGGUGAGAGAUUCACUCAUAAAAAUGACAGAUAAUGGGGUUAGGAUCAAGACUUGGCAAGGUGGAUCAGGAUCAGUGUCUGGAGUGACAUUCAACAAUAUUCAUAUGGUUAGUGUAAGAAAUCCAAUCAUAAUUGACCAAUUCUACUGCCUCACCAAGGAUUGCACCAACAAGACCUCUGCAGUAUCUGUAUCAAAUAUUAUUUACACAAACAUAAGGGGUACUUAUGAUAUAAGGAGCCCCCCAAUGCGUUUUGCUUGCAGUGACUCUGUCCCAUGCACCAACUUAACACUCUCAGAAAUUGAGCUUCUUCCAGCUGAAGGAGACAUAGUGCAUGACCCUUUCUGCUGGAAUGCAUAUGGAGAUUUGGAGACACUAACCAUUCCACCAGUCUCAUGCUUGCUCGAGGGCACUCCUCAAUCCGUGUCAGACUUUGACAUAACUCGUUGCUGACCCAUUGCUUUCUCUGUAGGACAAAAAUGUGAGCAUGUACAUAAUUUAUUACUUGGAAGUGAUUAGGCCUUUAGGGAAUACAUAGCAUGAUGUUCACUCUAAUUAUCUUGUGAUUGUUGAGGAGUUGUGUUUUUUAUACUCCUCCCCAAUUGUAAACUAUAUGUCGUGUGAUUAUUCUGGAAUGAUUGGCGUUUGAACUUAAUUGCUUCAUUCAUUGCUGUAUAUGAG